AUGGCGGAUCCCUUGAGCAUCGGUUCCGGCAUCGUCGGUAUCAUCGGCCUAGCGAUCCAAGUGACACAGGUGGUGGUGCAGUUUGGAUUGGACUGGAAAGAUGCACCGCGCGAGGUCAAGGCCUUCAUGGCCGAGCUCAAAACCCUGCACACCAUUUUAUCAGCAAUCAACAACCUUAUCCUCAGUCCCGAAUUUACAGAGGCCUUUCAGACGAGGUCAUCGGUUCUCGUCUCUCAGCUUCGACCCGGGGUGUCUCCCGUGGCCAAUACAACCCUCCUACUACAAACAUGUGAGAAGGAACUCCGGGGACUGCUCAUUGAGCUGGAAAGAGGGCGAACGGACACAGAGUUGGUUGGGAGCGGCUAA